CCUGCAACGGCGCACUCGUGCUACCGACGCUUGACAGUUAGGCGGUUCUAUAGUGACGUAGGGGAAGCGAGGGCGCACUACUAAUGCAAGAUACAGGCGGUACGGCCAUCUACAUGACACCUGAAGAGCUAAUCGAUACUGCCGGGUAAUUUAUAUAAGACAUCGGUCAACACACAUUCUUCCUUCUCGGAAACCGCGAGACAUCGAAACGGCUGCAUAUCCUCUCUGGGUGUUUUUGUUGCAGAUAUACUAAAUUAACGCGCUUGUAUUCGUCAUACAGGUACGAGAGAAUAGGUACUUCGGUUCGGACCGGGAAAAUGGGAAUGCUGGGCCGUUUACUCCUGACCGUCGACGCCGCUGGCUUGGCUAUCGGGUCCGUUGUUGCUGAUUGCUUCAACGAGACGCAUAUGUUUAACCCGCGAUGGCGUCCACAUGCUAAAUUCCACAACGCCCAAACCGUCGCCCUAGCAGUCAUCCUCGCCUUCCUCACGCUCUACUACACCUGGCGGCCCGCCAAAACACGCGAACUCCGCCGCGAGUUCGUCUUCGCGAGCGCGGUUGCGGGGUCGAUUUACUGGAUCGCGGGGUUGCUCGCUAUCUUGCCGCCUGGGACGAUGGGCGUCGACCCCGAGUUUGGUGGGCCCGGGUUCCCGCAGGCGAAGGUGUUCGUGGGGUUUAUGGGUGCUGGGUUGCUGGGGGCUUGGUUGGAGUGGCGGUAGGGGGGUUUGGAUUCUGGGAAGGGGAUGAGGGUGAUGGUAGGGGUGAGGGGAGGAUGGUAUGGUGGUGAUGGUUUUUGGUGGGUUUGGUGUUCAGGGAGUGCGCCGAUGCUGAUGUAUAAUACGGUUUUGAGAAUAGGGGAUGGGGUGUCGAGACAUGAUUGCGUGGGCUGUUGCAAGCUGUGAGACUAUGAUAGGUAUGGAAAAUCUCAACUAUACCUAGUACAUAACGUGCGUGAAAUAUUAUAAGUUAAUAG